CUUCCCUUUCAAAAAGGCAUAAAUGUGCCAGCAGUCAUGGUAGAGUGCUUCAGAUACAGCAGGUGCUGAGAGGAGCCGGGUUUGCGGAAGAUACCAUAAGAGAGCAAGACUUUGCUGAAAUUGUUCUUCAAUAUGAAUCCAGGAGUGAGCCUCCUGUGUUUCUUCCUGUGCCUGAGCCCCGUCGUGUGUGACCGGGUGUACGUCCACCCCUUCCAUUUGUUUUCCUACAACAAAAGCAGCUGCGAGAAGCUGGACAACUUGACACAGGAGGAGAAAAUGUUUGUCCCCAUUUCCAUUGAGUCCCAAACCAUCCCUGCCUAUGAAGAGAAUCUGAAAGACAAAACCAAGCUGGGAACACAAAGCUCGGAUACCAAGCGUGACCAAAAGCUGAGCUACUUGAAAGACCUAGUGCAUGUCCUUGGUAUGCGCUUCUAUGGGGCGCUGAAGGAAACACUGAAGGGGGAAAACAUUCUCCUGUCACCUACCAAUCUCUACAGGUCUUUGUUGUCAUUCUACUUAGGGGCCUCCGAACACACAGCAGCUGAUUUACAGAACUUCUUGGGGUUCGUUCCCCCCUCCGGUGACCCAGACUGCACCUCCAAAGUGGAUGGACAGAAAGUCCUUUUGACCCUGAAGACCAUGGAUGACCUGCUCCUCUCAAGCGGAGCUGAUGAUCUGCUUUUUACCAAGCUUUCCUGCCUCUUCUCUGCUCCCAGUGUGCGUUUAUCCAAAUCACUCGUGCACAGUCUGGCCCCUUCUGCCGAUUAUUUUUAUGCCCGAGCUGUUGACUUUACGAACCCAAGUCAGGCAGCAGAACUAAUCGAAAACUUUGUGAAGGGCAAAGAUGCCAGCAGAACCCAGAAUGUACUGACAAACAUAGACCCGUCUACCACCCUGCUGUUUGUGACUUACAUUCAGUUUAAAGCCAAUGUGAAGAAAGCCUCCCAACUGAAAGCGCUUCAGGAGUUCUGGACUGAUUCAAGCACAAAGACCCUGGUGCCUAUGAUGUCCAUAACUGGAACAUUUCAGUACAAGAGGGACGACAGCAAGAAUUUUUCAGUAAUCAAAGUUCCUGUCAGCGAGAACGCUUUCCUUGUGCUGGUGCAGCCUGUCAACAGCAAUGACCUGAACCCAAUAGAGUCGGAACUUUCCUUGCCUCCAUCUUCGACUUGGCUGCAAAAUCUGUCACCCAGACAUAUUAAAUUAUCUUUGCCAGAGUUAACAAUACAAAGCGCAUAUGACCUUCAGGAACUGCUCACAAACAUGAAUUUGUCUGCACUGCUGGGGAAGAAAGCAAAUCUUACUAAAAUAAGUGAUGCCAAUCUUACCGUUGGAAAGGUUAUAAAUAAGGCCCUUUUCAAACUGAAGAACGGAGUAGAUCUACCAGAAGAUCUCUUAGAAGAAAAUGGAGGCUUGCUGCCACUGGAAGUAACACUGAACAAACCGUUCCUACUAGCCGUUUAUGAGAAGAAUUCAAAGGCAAUGGUUUUAAUUGGCAGAGUAACAAACCCACUGAACGGUGUUUAAAGCCAAGGGCUGCAGGGUGGGGAGGGGGGAGUGUCUAUGAGCAGCUGUAGUCAGCUUUGAAAUGAAGCAGAUGGUAUUUCAAAUACAACUUUUAAAAGAUAAUAUGCUAGUGAUAAUUGUGUAUUCCCCCCCCCAUUAGUCAUCCACUGAGAGGGAGGAAAAUCCUUUGUCUGUCUGUUUGGAACAUGAUGAUUCCAGUGUGAAAUCUUUAUGGCACGAACAGCAACAUUACAAGCUGCAGUGUGAAGUUUGACUGCUUAACGUAACUGGUGUUUUAUUGCAGACAAAUAUAAAGAAGGGGUAACUUCAGCUCUUUUAUACAUUUGAAAAGUUGGGUGGUUUUGUGGGAGCAGCACAGCUUGUAUUACAGAAGUAGUAUUAAAACAAUACCAUGUGAGCAUGCUUUUGGGAUGUUUCUCUUCUCCCCACCCCCCAU